CAGCUACACUUCUGCUAAGCUUCAGUCUGCGAGGAGUACAAUUGCCAACAUGGCCAAUGAGGUUUUAAUAGUUAACUGCGACGGCACAUAUCCUUUAGAUUCGGUCGUAUCUUUGUUCCAAAGUGUCACGAAAGGCAAAGAAGUAGUCACACAUCCACUUAUCCUGCAACUGUCCCAGUUACAGGCGGUGAGUGAGAAAGUCAGGCGGCGGCAGCUCCUGUGCGGGGUGUUUGUAGUGAACGCCUACGAGUCACGUCUGAGUAUUAACGAGGAAAACGCCGGGAUAGGGUAUGCUGUGUUGUACAGGGCUUUACUUGAGGCAGCACAAGGACGAGUGCUUGUUGUGAUCGGCGGAGAUGACAGGUACAAGGACGGAGAGCAGGACAACAGCGUCCUGUCCACCUGGGCCUACCACAAGAUCGCCGCACAGUUUGACGACUCGUACCUGGACGGCAGGCGGGGCUUCGUUUUCUCUUGGGACGAGCAGCACAACCCGGUUCACGAGGAAGCUCUCGGACGGUACUUUGUGGCCAUCUUGUCAGGACAAUGUGGCCUAGAGGAGCCCUUUAAGCCAAACCCAAAGGUCCCUUCAAGUCUUAUACCACCAUUAAAGCCAGGCAUUCCUCUGAGCACGUCCAUUGACCUAACGGACAAUAGCCUGCUGGACAAAACACAAACCGGUCCUUUUACACCAUAUACUAUAGAUCACUUUGAUGACAAUGAAACUGGGCGAAUCAUAGAGGAACUUGAGAAAUGCAAGAAGAAAGUUCAAGAAGAAGACCCGGACAGGACAAUAAGAUUUGUUGCCUACCGUGUGAACGGCAAACUAGUGCCAGGAUUCGGAACAUUCUUUGGUGACUUUCCAGAUGACCUUCCAAAGUACAUGAAAGCUGAAAUCAGACACGCAGACAACACACAGAUUGCUGGUGUUAUUGUCUAUGACGAAGGGUCAAAAAAGACUUUAAGUCUGCAGGUUUUCGACUUAUUUGAAAAUGAAGGAGGAUUCAUUGAUGCUGCAAAGGAUAAACUGAGUCGUUUUGCACAGUUUUGUGGCUGGAUACAAAGGAAAUAA